UAUGUGAAAUUUUACUAUGUGUUUCUGUUUUUUGUAUACAUUGUUUCAGUGUUUGGAAACACAUCUGUUAUGGCUGUAAUAUAUCUGGAUCACAACUUAAGAACUCCUAAGUAUGUUGCUGUUUUCAACCUGGCCUUUGUGGACCUGUUACAGAGCACGGCUCUUGUGCCAAAGGUGCUCGAUAUCUUUUUAUUUAGCCACUACUACAUUGCCUACAAAGACUGUAUGACAUUUCUUUUUUUCUACUUCACUUUUGUUUUAAUGCAGGCUCCUACUCUGGUGGCUCUUUCCUAUGAUCGCCUGGUGGCCAUCAUGUUUCCUCUGCACUAUCAAACAAAUGUUACCAAUAGAGUUAUGUUUUCUUUGAUUACAUUUUUCUGGAUUUUUGCUAUAAUUGCUAGUUUAAUUGCAGUUAGUCUCCUUACAAGACUUUCCUACUGUAAGUCUGUGGUUAUUAACAGCUAUUUCUGUGAUCAUGGCCUGAUGUUUAAACUUGCGUGUAAUGACAAUUUUCCCAAUUUCAUCAUAUCUGUCAUGAAUCUA